AUGGCAGCGUCAAAUGUUUUUAGCGCCGAACAAAUUGCUGACAUUAUAAUGGAACAACGAUCAACUGACGAGAGUGCUGAAGAAUCUUCAGAUACCACCGCCAUUGAAGAUGAACUUUCUGAUUCCAAUUUUGGAAACCCUAUGGUCUCCUCAGACUCAAAUUCUUCGAGUGAUGGUGAAAUGAAAACAACCCCCUGUGCACCAACAAGAGAUCGGGCAAGGGUUCGUGGCGGAGUGAAAAGAGGUCGCGGACAACAUAGCAUAACUCCCACCCAUGGUGGAGUGCGAACAAAAGGAGCCAAACGUGUUGCCUCGAGAGGACGAGGGGCUCUUGCAGGUGGUGACCCCAGGCCAUUGUUAGAGGCUCUGGCGAAUGGUGGUUUUGACGCUGACAUUGAAAGUAAUGAUAUAGAUCAUGUAUUGGAACAAGAAGGUGAAUCACAACAACCAUGGUGGUUUUGA